CGACCGUUUUUGGCCGUUUAGUACGUACGCAUUCGAACUGUUCAGUUCUCUCUUGGUGCAGUGUUCUCAAAGAGAAGGAAUUCGAAACUAAAUCUACACCCUCGGCAACAUGAAGGUGAUACAAGCGUUUGUCUACUUUGGAAUGUGUCUGGCCGCAGUCAGUGCAUUCCCGGAUGGAGCUCCAGCGGACACCUGCGUCAAAAGCCGCUUCAACCAACCAAAUCAUGGUGCCGCUAGAACGCAAGACGCCAGCACUAGUCCGUUCCGUGUGACAGCUAGUGGAAACACCUACGGACCAGGCACCCAAAUUCAGGUGGACGUCACUGGUCAGGAUGUGUUCCGUGGGUUCUUCCUGCAGGCCAGGGAUGCCCAAAGCAACGAAUGGAUCGGCGAGUGGAUUGAAUCUCCAAACACGAAAACCAUUCCGGAAUGUUCCUCCAUUACGCAUGCCGACAACCGGGACAAGGAGCGGGCAAGCUUUGUAUGGAACGCGCCAAAGAAUGGUCAGGGACAGGUUUACUUCACUGGAACAAUUGUGAAAAACUAUGGAACAUUCUGGGCGAACUUAAUUGCUGAAGCACCAGCAGCGCGCCAGUUUGGAUGAACGCCAUACAUUUUUUAUAUGUACACUAAAACCUGUGAGAGAUUGUUGUAUGUAAAUAAAGACGAGUUAUUGUACAGAAAA